AUUUUUGAAAAUUCUCAACGAAACGCCUAAAAGGUUUUGUUUUGUCGAACCAAAGAUCAAACCUUUGCGUGAAAUUUUCCCUCUUUUGCCAGCGACGAAUAUAUCCAGUUAGCAAGGAAUUCGACGAUCUUUUGAUAGAUUCAAACUCUUUAGAGUGGGUAGUGAUGGAUGACGAGAGACGGACACGGUGUCCUGAGAAUCGAGGUUUAGCGGCUUAUGUGUUGCAGAAGAAGCAAGAACACGCUGAUAAGCCCAAAGGUUUGUCGGAAAAUCUGGAAAGGACAUUUGUUAAGGCGUAUAGAAAUGUCUGCGACGCCAAGGAUCCCAUUAACACACUCAAACAAUUGUCGCAGAUCAAGGGCUUUGGCAAGUGGAUGAUUAAGCUCAUGAAAGGAUAUUUUGAUACUGGUGCUGACAGUUCUGAGCAAGAAGAUUUACCUAAUAAUCGUGCUGGGAUAAAGGCCAAUGGCAAAAAACGCUACAUUCCACAAAGAAAUUCUGUAGCGUAUGCAUUACUAAUAACGUUGCACAGAAAAACUACAAAUGGGAAAGAAUUCAUGCGUAAACAAGAGCUUAUUGAUGCUGCUGACGCGAGUGGUCUCUCACACGCUCCUGUUGGGCCAGAGAAAGGUAAAGGGAAAGCAGGACUUGGACAUUCUAAGAGGGAGUGGUAUAGUGGAUGGAACUGCAUGACCACACUUAUACAGAAGGGAUUAGUGGUCAAAUCUAGCAACCCAGCCAAGUACAUGCUGACAGUUGAAGGACGGGAAGUUGCAAAUGAAUGUAUCGUGCGAUCUGGAUUACCUAAUUCAUUUGACAUCUUAUCUGAUGAUGAAAUGGAUCCUACACCCCAAGCAAAGAGAACACCGAAUCAAAAUCCCACCUGUUCUUUUACCAUGAGAGAAGAACAGCCAUAUGCUGAUCCGAAACCUAUGGCACAAUCAGCCAUUCCAAGCGAUAUUUUUGAAAAGUUUAUACCGUUUGGUUAUUCUAAGGAACAAGUCGUUGCUGCAUUCAGAGAGGUUUCAGAUGGAACUGGGGACAAUGAUCCAUCAACUCUCUGGCUCUCAGUAAUGUGCCAUCUUCGUCAAGCAGAGGUUUAUAGUUCUUUUUCGGACUCUCAAAAUAGAAGAAAACUUUCAGCAGGACCUUCUAGAGCACAAACUCGUCAAGUUGAUCUUGAGGGAUCUCUUACUAAGAAGUUCCGCUCUUGCAAUGAUGGAUCCACCUUAAAUCGAUGUUCAUCCAGUUCAAGCCAUGCCGUGAAAGCCUGCUCAUCUUCUUUGGCAUCAGACAGAACCAAAGGGAUAACAAAUUUCCCACGCCUCCCUCCUCUUAAAUUUGGAGAAACAUUUGAGGAAGCAUAUGAUGUGAUGUUGAUACUGGAUGAUCGAGAAAAGUUUGCCACUAAGGGAUCACGGUCCAGGAAUAUAAUUGAUAACAUAUGCUCUGAAUUCAAUAUCAAGAUUGAGGUUAGACGGUUACCAGUUGGGGAUUGUAUCUGGAUUGCUCGGCAUAAGUGCCUUGAGGAUGAAUAUGUUCUGGAUUUUAUUGCCGAGAGGAAGAAUGUUGAUGAUAUGCGCUCAUCAAUUAGAGAUAAUCGCUACAGGGACCAAAAACUUAGACUUCAGAGAUCGGGGUUAAAGAAGCUGAUAUACAUUCUUGAAGGAGAUCCGAACCAUUCUGAUGCGGCAGAAAGCAUUAAAACGGCUUGUUUCACGACAGAGAUUCUGGAGGGAUUUGAUGUGCUGAGGACAAACGGGCUGGGUGAGACGCUAAGAAAAUACGGUUACCUCACUAAAUCAAUAUAUCAAUACUACAAGUUACGGGUGAAUGAUAACGACCAGGGCAAAGUUGCGGCCUCUUGUCCUUCUUUUGAUAGUUUUGUCAAAAGGUGUCAAGACCUUGACAAAAUGACAAUCAGCGAUGUAUUUGCCAUUCAGCUUAUGCAGGUACUGAGUCUGGCUAUGCCUUUUUCGGUUCUUAUAUGUGAAUGGUUCUGCGAAUCCAUUUCGAUUGAUAAGUAUUUGGUGCAGAUCCCGCAGGUAACGGAGGAAAUUGCCAUGGCUGUUCUUGAUAUGUACCCAACGCUUUUAUCUCUUGCUUCUGCAUAUUCUCAUCUAGAAGGGGAUGUCUGUGCGCAAGAAGAGAUGUUGAGAAAUCAAAGCAACAAUGUAAUAUGUGCGUCAGCUAGUAAGAUUAUAUGCAAGUUAGUCUGGGGUGAAUGACUUCUAUUCUAGAGAGAGAGAGAGAGAGAGAGAGAGAGAGGGAUCCGAAACAUAUCAAAGCGACUUUUAGGCUCACGAUUGUAUAACUGCUAGCUGAAUCCAAGGGACUGACCAGCUAUAUAUGCUUUCAAAUUAUAUAUAUAUAUAUAUAUAUUCAUUCA